CAGCGCUCCGCCGCCGGCAGCAGCAGCCGCACCAUGCCGGCCAUCAAGCGGGAGCGCCCGGACCGGGAGGAGCUGGCGCUGGCCGCCUUCAACCAGCCCAUGGAGACCCUGCCCGACUACCUGGUCCCCUUGGCGGCCGCCGCCAUCCCCGUGGUGACCCCGCACCCGCCGCCCUACGAGCAGCUCUUCGCCACCGCCGCCCACCAGCACCACCACCAGCACCACCACCAGCAGCGCGCCUACCUGGACUUCCACGCCGCCCCGCACGCCCACCCGCCGCACCCCCUCCCGGAGGACCUGAUGCUGGAGCGCUUCUCCUCCGUCCCGGAUUUCCAGCCCUUCUUCGACAGCGGCGAGCCCUGCAUCGAGGUCGAAUGCGGCGAGAACAAGGCGCUGCUCUACAUCAACAAGUUGUGCCAGGGCAGCAAAGGGCCGUCCAUUCGCUACCGGGGCGAGUGGCUCACCCCCAACGAGUUCCAGUUCGUCAGCGGCAGGGAGACCGCCAAGGACUGGAAGCGGAGCAUCAGGCACAAAGGGAAAAGUUUGAAGACUCUUAUGUCCAAAGGAAUCUUACAGGUACAUCCUCCAAUCUGUGAUUGCCCUGGGUGUCGAAUUUCGUCUCCAGUGAACCGGGGUCGUCUGGCCGAGAAGAGGACAAUCCCCUUGCCUCCCACCAGGACUCUGAAGAAGGAGCUGCCCUCCAUUUUCUCACAUAGUGACGACAGUGAGGAGAGCGACAAGGUGAAUGGUCACCCCCUGGAUGUCAAGCAAGAGGAGGAUCUGCAUAUUAGUAUCAUGAAAAGAAGGAUACAUGCACACUGGGAUCUGAACAUCUCUUUCCGUGAGACCUCUUGCAGCCGGGACAACGAUCUCACCUCCUUCAUCUCCAGCCUCCACCAGAGCCGCCAGCUCGUUAUGCCAGAGACGCAGAACCGCUGCGAGUUCAAGAGAAGCACCUUGGAUGUUGGCUUGGGAGCAGUAGAUGAAGUUUUAGGUAAGAGACGAGCGUGUUCACCCAACAGCAACAGCGAGUGCCCCCUCGAAAGCAAGAAGUCCCGAAGUGAGUCCCCAAAAGAGAACUCCCACACGCCCCUGCUGGAGGGCGCUGUGACUCAGAUGACCCCUGAGGAGCAUUACAGGCGCAUGAUGUCAGCACUCAACGAGCACGGCACCUUCGAGGAGCAGCAGCAGCAGCAGCAGCGCCUUUACCAGUUGGCCAACAGCAUGGCAGUUCCCAGCCACAGCGAUCUCCUCCGGGCACGGCAAGAGGUCGCAGCCGUGGCUGCCGCGCGCAACCCCAGUGCCAUGGAGCCUCACCUCCCAUCAUCCAGCAACUCGUCCAGCCAGCGCAGGAAGCAGGGGCUGCCCCAGCACCGGGAUUCCCACUUCACUGAGAGGGAGAUGACCCACCCACCCCCUCUGCUGUCGCCCCAGAAUGCUCCUCACAUUGCAUUAGGCCCGCAUUUGAGGCCCCCGUUUUUGGGGGUGCCUUCGGCGCUGUGCCAGACUCCAGGAUACGGGUUCCUGCAGCCGGCCCAGGCAGAGAUAUUUGCACGGCAGCAGGAGAUGCUGAGAAAACAGAACCUCGCCAGGCUCGAGAUGUCAGCCGAGAUCAUCCGCCAGAAGGAAAUGGAGAACCUCCAUCGGCAAAGGCUGCUGGCUGGCGACCCAAUCAACUUGCACCCGGGACUGCCGCCGGACCACCCGGCCCUGCGCAGCGUCCAUGACAUCCCCGAGGGACACCCUCUGCGGGACGAGCUCUCACGGCGGAACGCCAUGUUGGUGUUGCGUCACAACAACACCCCUCUGUUGUCACUCAACCACCACGGGGCCCCCAGUGCCUCCACCACCCCACCCAAGGAGCAGGGGAGUCGACGGGGCAGCCGGAAGUCGGCACACCACCGGGCCGAGGCCCCGGGCCAGAGCGAAUCCAAAGAGCUCUCCGAAAGUCGUCCUCCUGACGGCAACGACGAGGAGAUGAAGGACUCGGAGAGCGACGCCGACGUGAGCGACGAGAAGCUGGACAACCUGAAGGCCGAGAGUGGCGGAGCGGCCACUGAGCCGAAGGAGGGCAAGGAGACCGCAAAAGCCUGCGAUGGUGCCAAAGAGCUGGGCGAGCUGCCCGCCGGCCAGAAUGCCCCCUGUAGCUCCACCAGCGCCGAGUCCCCCAGCCACCUCCUCGGCCCCGCCAUCAGCAAGCCCGAGGCCAAAUACCUCCCUCCCGCCUCCCUGCCGCCGCCUCAGCCGCUGCCGUUUGGGUUCCCGUACACCAUGAGCCCCUACUUCCACGCAGGCACGAUGGGAGGUCUUUUUCUGGACGGUGAAGAGAGCCCCGCGCUGGAGGACGUCAGCAAGUGGACGGUGGAGGACGUCUGCAGCUUCGUGGGCGGCUUGGCAGGCUGCGGCGAGUACACUCAGGUCUUCCGGGAACAGGCCAUCGAUGGCGAGACGCUGCCACUGUUGACAGAGGAGCACUUACUGAAUAACAUGGGGCUGAAACUGGGUCCAGCGCUGAAGAUCCGGUCGCAGGUGGCCAGGCGGGUCGGCCGUGUCCUGUACAUGGCCAGCUUCCCCAUGGCCUUCCCCCUGCAGCCCCCGGGCCUGCGGCCCACGGAUCGAGACCUGCCUCCAGUCGAGCUCCGCCCAUCGUCCACGGGAAGCGUGGCCUCGUCCCCCUACAGCAGCACCCUCGUCCCCACCAGCCGCAUCUCGCCAAAGCAGGAGAACGGAAACCCCUUGCUGGCCGGUCUCAGCGAAGCUGCCAAGCCUCCGUCUUAACGCGCGCCCCGCCUCGGGUCGCGGGGUCCGAACGGGAACCUCGCCACUGAGGGACUGGGGCCCUCCGCACGACCCCAGUGGCAAGCUGAAGACGACGGCCCAUUUCCGGAUUUCGCAGCGAUGCUCAUGAUGGCGGGAGAAGGGUGGGGGGCAGGAAGCAAUCCAAAGAUUCUUGGAAGCAAUUCAAAGGAGACAUGUGAUUCUUGGAGAAAAGGAACUUGACUUUCCCUCUUUGCCUUUAUGGAAAUGCAACCCUGGAGAUACCUGAGAAGGGCCCCUUCAGACCCAAUGGCACCUCCCCCUAACCUGGGAGGAAACUCUUCUCCCCCACCCCCUUUUUUUGAGAUGUGUCCCUUGCUGGAACCUAUACACAGUUUCUCUUUCAGGGUGACUAUGCAGCGUUAACAACUUUUGAAACAAUACCAAAGACAGACAAACUGCCCCAAACGCCCAUGUUCCGGUCCAUGUUUACUUCCGUUCGGAUGGUACGGCACAGCUAGUUCUGUGGGGUACAAGUUUUUGUGCUUUCCUUUGUUUUAAACUGAAUUUUCAGGGGUUUGCUGCUUAAACAUUGCAGGUGGACUGAGAGAUUCCCUCCUGGCCAGGCCCUGGACAGACUUGUUUUGUGGAAGAAAAUAAUAAUAAUUAUAAUAAUAAUAAUAAUAAUAAUAUAGUACUGGGGAAGA